AUGUCCGUCAGACAACUCGAAUCCAAGGAUGAAUUUGUUGCCCUCAAGGGGGAGAGCCAACUUAUCGUUGUCGACUAUUUCGCCACCUGGUGCGGUCCAUGCCGAAUGAUCGCCCCGUGGCUCGCCGAGCAAGCCAAGGCCUUCGACGGAAAAGUCAUCUUCGCCAAGGUCGACGUCGACGAGCUGGAAGACGUCGCCGCCGAGCAAAAGAUCCAGGCUAUGCCAACCUUCGAGUUCUUCAAGGGUGGCAACUCCGUCGCCCGCUUCGAAGGUGCCAACAAGGACAAACUCCUCGCCAAGAUCAACGAGCUCCUCUAA